CGCAUCGUUUGACGUACUACCCCGUGUAAACGACCUCCAUUCAUUUAUUUCUUUGUCAUUUCAGCUCGUGCACAGCAUCUUUCAGCAUUUUCAGAUUUUAUUUUCAAUGUAAUGUUAGUUUAUCGUUCAAAUUUAGUCUGUAGUGGAACAAGAUGUCGCGGAGAGAAAAAGUGAACUCGUCCUCCUGCGCCUGCGAUGUCGCCAUUACGGUAAAGCUGCUAUCAGCUGCUCUUGUCCUGCGGUCACAUUUUUGGUUGCCACAACUCGGAGGGACUCGCUCACGUCGCAUUUCUCCUUCACCCGUCUGCUUCUAUUCGCCUUUAUUCUGACAACUUCUUCGCCGUGUCGCCGUGUUGCGUGUCGGUUAAUCGGUGAACAAUUUUUUUUUUUUGGGACUGUGUGUCACCGAGCUGCAGCAGCAGUCGACGUUAAGACCUUCUUCUAAUCUGGGAGGAUCAGUCUAAUUCCAAGACAGUUAUAUAAGAAGGGAAACGCUGCGCAUCUUUGCGCCGCUUUGUUAUUUAUUUUUUUGAUCGGUCGUUUUAUUUGUUAUUGUUAUUAUUAUUGUUAUUCUGCUUUUAAGAGAGACCUUUCCCGUCCGUGUUCAUGCCAGAUCUGCAGCGCUUUAGUUUUCCGUACCAUAGCAUGAAUCCAUUGUUGGGGGCCACGGCGCAUCUCCAACAACAUCCGCAGCCGAGCCAGGCCACCGGGCACCCAGAAUCCCCCUCGGGCCUUCUCCCGGACGCCGUGUUCGGGUCUCCGGACUCGGCGUCUUUGCUGCUGGGUGAUUUCCCCGGGCCCGAGUUCCCCUCCCAGAGCUCAUCUUACCUGCACCACUAUCAGCAUCAGCACCACAGCCCCACCGUGCACCAUCCUCCCGCGGCCAUGGCCCUGCGCAAUGACCUGGGUUCCAACAUCAGCGUGCUCAAAACCCUCAACCUGAGAUUCAGGUGCUUCCUGGCCAAAGUGCACGAGCUGGAGCGCAGGAAUAAGAUUCUGGAGAAGCAGCUGCAGCAGGCGUUGGAGGCCAACAGCGGCUGCAGGCCGCAUACCCAGGAGGCAGGCGUGCAGACGGGUUUCGUGGGAGCCAUCCCGCUCCGACCCGGCUCCCUCCCCUUCCACAACACCAACAACUCAGCUAGGAGGCCCACAACUUUAUCCUGCCCGGUCCCCGAGACUUCCGCUUCCACCCGAACCGACACCGCUUGUAACCCGGCCAUCGGCGUCAGCCAGGCCUCCCCCUCCGUGGACUCCCCCGGGUCCAGAAUCAGCGGCGGACGCUCCGUGACCGGGGCUCCUCGCUUCCUCCCGGGCACCAUCUGGUCCUACAACCCCACUCGCAGGUUCGGAUCGGAGCGUCUGACCAGCCCUGGGGUCUCCUGGGUGCACCCGGAUGGAGUCGGGGUCCAGAUCGACACCAUCACCCCCGAGAUCAGAGCGCUCUACAACGUCCUGGCUAAAGUGAAGCGGGAGAGGGACGAGUAUAAACGCAGAUGGGAAGAAGAAUACACAAUGAGGACGGACCUGCAGCAGAAGAUUGCUGACUUGCAAGAGGACUUGCAGGAGAGCGAAGGCUGCCAGGAUGAGCUGGCCCUCCGAGUUCAGCAGUUGAAGGCCGAGUUGGUUCUCUUUAAAGGCCUCAUGAGUAAUAAUCUGUCAGAUCUGGACACAAAGAUUCAGGAGAAAGCCAUGAAAGUGGACAUGGACAUCUGCCGCAGGAUCGACAUCACGGCUCGCCUCUGUGACGUCGCCCAGCAGAGGAACUGUGAAGACGUCAUCCAGAUGUACCAGGUUACAAACAACCAGCCGUCGAUAAGCCUGCGGCGCAAACAGACACCUCUAUCCAUGAACGGUAGCGAGGGCGAAGAACCAGUCAGCGUGUCUGAAAACGACACCAGCGUGGCCAAGGAGGAUGAGCAGCAGCAGCAGCAGCAGCAGCAGCAACACAGCAGCUCCUCGGCCAAUCAGAUCAACGAGGAGAUGCAGAGGAUGCUGAACCAUCUACGUGAGUGCGAGUUCGAGGAUGACUGUGACAGUCUGGCCUGGGAGGAGACGGAGGAGACGCUGCUGCUGUGGGAAGAUUUCCCAGGAAGCACUCUGCCUCCUGACCCCGCCCACCCGCCUGGAGAGGACGACUGUCUGGAAAAAGUGAUAAGUGACACUGAAUGCUUGUUCAAGUCCAGAGAGAAGGAAUACCAGGAAACCAUUGACCAGAUUGAGCUGGAAUUGGCGACGGCAAAGAGCGACAUGAACCGCCACCUGCACGAGUACAUGGAGAUGUGCUCCAUGAAGCGAGGCCUGGAUGUCCAGAUGGAGACCUGCAGGAGACUCAUCACGCAAAGCGGCGACAAGAACACGGCAGCGCAGACGUCCGCCGACGACACUGACCGGCGCGAGAGCGACAGGAGCUCGGCGUCCCCGCCGUCCUUGUCCAGCGCCACGAAGUCCUGACAUCUCGCCACUGCGGUCAUGUGAUCUCCACAACAGUACCGCACUGUCACAACACAACACCACACAACCCCUGUGGCCCUACAAUCAUCAUCAUCACAUCACAGUAGUCAAUAUGUGUGUCGUCCCUGUAGCCAUCUUUUACCAGCUUGUCAAAUAGCCUGUUAACGUGAACAUUUAGCAGGAUUUGGUACAAAACACUAAGCAUUCUAAUUAAGGUGGACUGACAGAUUUUUGAGUUGCUUGAAAAUGUUUAAUUUAAAUGCAGCAGCUUUAAAACUACACCAGACUGGAGGUUUUGUGGUCAAAUAUAGCAAAAGGGGCAAACAAUAUUUUUUGAGGCAGGCAUAUGGUCUUUUGGGAAGAUUCAAACUUAAAAUAUAAAGUUUGGGAGAGAGAAUAUUGCUUUUUUUUUGUGGUAGCCUAUUACUUUUGGGGGUCAAAGUAUAUUUUUUGGGUGCUAAAUAUGGCAAAUUAUUUUUCUAAAUAUUGCGUUUCAUGUUAAAAUAGUGAUUUUGGGGACAAAAUAUAGCUUGUUGUGUCAAGACAUUCCUGUUGGGGACAAAAUGUAACUUUUUUUUGAAGGAGACCGAUAUGAUGUAUUGGGCACUUUGGGGCAGAAUAUAGCUUUUGUUGUGGCAAAAUAUGUUUUAGGGGACAAAUGUGACUUUUCAGGGGAAAAUAUUGCAUUUUGAGGGGUAAAAGUAGCAUUCUUUUUUCCAAAUGUUAAUUUUUGGGUACAAAAUUGUGUGUGUGUGUGAGUGUUUUCUUGGGAGGGCGAAAUAUGGUGUUUAGGGGGUUGAAUUUAGUUUUUUGUUUUUGGGUUGAGCUUUAUUUUUUUUUUUUGUGGCAGAAUAUCGUUUAUUUAUGUCAUAAAAUUGUGUUUUCAGUGCAGCUUGUUGACUAAGAGUUUGAGAUUGCUAGACAGUAAUCCAGUCCUAACCGUAAUACUGCUUAACGUUUUGUACUAUUUCCUACACAAUUUUGUUGAGGUUUAUUUUCUAUGUUGACUAGAGAUGCAACAUUAGACUACCUCACUCACAAACAAGAGAACAUUGCAUUGAUGAUUGGGGCAAAACAACAACACAAAUAGUCAAUAAGAAACAUCAUAACAUAGCAAGGAGAAAAUAUGUGUAGUCAAUGUAAAAUGUAUUGUUAUUCACACCAACUGUGUGGAUGACUUUGAUUGGCGUUCACGUCUACGGGCAGAUUCCACUCAUAAUAGGAUGUCACGAGUCAGCGUUUUACUGCCUUACAGAUACAGAGUGGAAGCUUGUUUUGGUUCUGUGUGAAAAAUGAUCAGGCUGCAAAGCUACAUUGUGAAUAAAUGAGGAAUUAAAUGUGCUUUCCUGAUCAAAAUGUCAGCAGCAUGCAGCCGGGUGAUGACAAGCUGAAAGCCAACUUUUGUCAGGCAGUGGUGACAGCAAUCUAUCUCUUAGCUGAUAACUCUAGUGGUCAAGUCUUGGGAAUUUGGGGGAUUUUCCCAGUGCACUUCGCCUGACAACUUCACCUACAGCAGUGACUGUAAGCGUCUGCAUGUCAGAGAACCAUUUGAGUGUUUAUUGUAUUACAAUGAGAAGUGUAUAACUAAUACAGUGGUGCCACGACUUGCGGGUUUUUCAAGAUACUGAUUCUCAUAUGCCGUUCAUUGGCCGAUUUUCUUUUUUUUUUUGUGCCUUGACUUGUGAGCAAUGACUUGAGUUGUGAGUGUGUUUCAGACUUUCGACCACUCCAGUGAAGUGAAAAAAAAAAAAAAAGUUAAUAAGGUGGAAUCUCUUAGUCAAACCUCAAUUUGCUUAUAAAUUGCUUUACCCCAAAAAAUUUGGGAGAAAAAUAUUGCGUGGGUUCACAAAUUAUGCACACUUGUGCUUUCUUUCACACGGCGUAAACGUCAUUUCCUCCGCCGUCACGUAUUUCAGGUAUCUUUGUUUUUUGUUGUUGUAAAGCUAUUAAGAAUUCUGUAAAGUGUGCAUGGCGUUGAGCGAGCGAGAGGGAGUUAGAGAGAGAGAGAGAGCUGCAAACGCACUCUCUUUAGGGGAUGUGAGAGAGAGAAAAAGAAAGAAAUAGAGCGCUACAAGCCACGCCAUUUAAAGGCACAACAUGAAUAUACUACUGCGUGUGUUUGUGCCGUUUGGCGUCAUUACCCUUCAUAAAACGGAUGUUUUUAGAGUCAUAUUUUAUAAUACCGUACUGUUUUUUUAAUUCAAAAUCUAUAAGCGUGGCGUUUUUUUUUUGGUGUGUUUUUUUUUUUUUUUUGAGGUGGCUGGAACGGAUUAAUGGCAUUAUGAUACAUUUCAAUUGGGAAACUUGAUUUGAAAUAUGAGUGAUUUAAGUCACGAAGGUGGUCACGAAAUGAAUUAAACUCGUAAGUCGAAGUACCACUGUAUGUGAGUCUGAGAUGGAUUGAAAAUUACGCACUUUUAUGAAUGACUUUUAUUAGGAAUGCUGAGAUUCCGGUCUGGAAGAAGUGAGCCGCCGAGUGCCAAAAUGAAGGAGAAAAAAAAAGUGAGCAAAUUAAGCUGCCCAAGCCUUCUGUCUUCCUUUUUUUUUUUUUUUGCCUACCAACGUGCUUGAUGUAAAUAAGUCAACUUUGAGUUUGCACAUAGAAAUGACCGAGCAAAGCAAUGAAAUAACGUCAAGUGCGAUGAUGAUGACGAUGAUGCAAUCAGCGCUAUCGCUUGUAGUCCCGUAACCAAGAAACAUUGUAAAUAGAAAACUAAGUAUAUUUGCUCUGAGAAUCCAUCCGUUGAACAUACUGUACAGUAUUAGCGUGUUGCGGGGAGGCGGCUAAAUUAACAAGUCCUUCACCUUCAGACUAGAGAAAGACACAUUUGAGGCUUACGUUACAAGAAUGCAUGGUACCAUUUGACCGAAUAUUAAAGCAGAAAGUGAGAGAUAUGUAUACUGUGCAAGAAGUUCCCUUUCUCAGCAAAUGUCUAUGUAUCUACUGUAUGCAUGUGCCAGUGUGCAGGGGCCUCAAGAGUGAAUAGGGAAUAUUUUGAUCAAAAAUGCUUUGAAAAGGCAUCUAGUGAGGAAAAUGAAGAGGGAAGCACAAACACCCCGGUUCCUCUUAGAACUGUCAAUAUUUACAUCAAUAGUAAGGAACAAUCGUUUCAUAUUUCAUGUCUUGAAAGGAAACCUGAUCAUUUUAGUGUGCAAUAAAUAUUGAACAAUAGGUAAUAUAACAUGAGAGGUGUCCAGGCUGGUCCACAAAUGUAAUGACAACAACAGACACACUUUUCUCUUUAUUACAAGCCAUAAAUAUUAUUUUUAAUAUAUAUAUAUUUUUUUGUUACUUUAAAUUAUUCUGACCUUUUUCCCAAUAUUGUCGCUGUCAGUAUGUCCAAAUUUGGUCAAUUACAUGUUUUUUUUCACAAAUUGGUACUUUUAGUCAUUUGUUAUUUUUACAAAUUAUUAACCAAUCUAAAGUCUGGCAAUAUCUUGCUGUCUUUAACGAUAUAAUGUUUAAUACCAUUAAAUAAAGAAAUAAUUUCCUAAUAUACAAUGGUUUAGGAGAUACAAGGAUUCCUCCCUGUCGCGAUGAUAUGAUAGUGCUGCAGCCAUUUUGAUAUAACCGAGCUACUAGAAUGUAAACAGCUGAUGAGAGAGGUUUUUGAAUUUACAAUAAUAAGAAAAAAAACUGGUAGUGUCAUUCUUUCAAGCUUUUCUUUUGUUGUUUAUUUCCAUUCGAUGUAUUACUGUAAGUCAAUAGUGUACAUGUAAAGGCUUGAAACAUCAUGUUAGCGCCCUUGCACAGCUGCCAGAUGUUCUUUAUGUCAAACAAGAUUGGAAGAGAAUAAACAAUGCAUCUCA